UGUUCAUGACUAUGUGCGCCGAGGUGGCAUGCCAAGGGUUCCAUUCAGUGACAUUUGGCGCAAGAUGGGCGGGGGUACGGGACUGAGCAGGCCCAAAUGAGCAAAUUUUGGACACAGUCCUCCCUCGGCUGCGUACGCACAUAUUACCUGCGUCCUGCACUCAAUUUCGGUCCCUCAGCCACUCCUCUUGUCUGCCUCGUGUUUUCUCUCACCUCGCCCCUCUACUUGCAGAUUCUCAAUAUGCUUCAGUCAUCUUUAACUAAGAGCCUGAGGCUCUACAGCACCAAAGCAGCAAGGAACAGGCAGGCACUCGAGCGUAUAAUUCGUGUUGACCAUGCAGGAGAGUUGGGAGCAGACCGUAUUUACGCAGGCCAGAUGGCAGUAUUGGGCAGUUGGUCUGAGAUUGCCUUUGGACAUACUUGCCCUGAUUUCUCCUCAAUGACUGUGGUCAGGGCCAACAAACACAACUGUUUAGCCUGCACAACUUUGAGGAGGCUGAACCAGGCAAAACUUGUAGGACCAGUUAUCCAACAUAUGUGGGAUCAAGAGAAGGAACACAAGGCCAAAUUCGAGGAACUGAUUCCAAAAUACAGAGUGCGACCAACAGUUCUUAUACCCAUAUGGAAUGUUGCAGGCUUUGCUUUAGGUGCAGGUACUGCAUUACUGGGCAAAGAAGCAGCAAUGGCAUGCACUGUGGCGGUAGAAUCAGUAAUUACCGACCAUUAUAACUCUCAGCUUCGUGAAUUGAUCCACAACGGUGAAGAGGAACACAAAGAACUGAUUGAAGUUAUUAAAAAAUUCAGAGAUGAUGAAAUGGAUCAUCAUGAUACUGGCUUAGCCCAUGAUGCAGAGUUAGCACCAGCAUAUAAAACAAUGAGUAACGUCAUAAAGAUGGGCUGCAAAGCGGCUGUGUGGAUAUCUGAGAGAAUUUAAUCUUCUUGUUAAAUAUCUGUAAAUAAAAGAUGUAAAAUACAUAUAUUUCUUAUCUAAUAAAAAAUAAGUGAUGUUCUAAUUAAAA